AAUCAAAUGGGUGGAUCCUACGUGAAUGGCAAGGCACUCCCCGAGUCUGUGCGCCGACAGAUUGUAGAAAUGUCGUUGAACAACGUCCGUGCCUGCGACAUCGCCAAGCAGCUCAAAGUUUCACAUGGAUGUGUAAGCAAACUGCUGAAGAAAUUCCGCAACACGGGAUUUUACACAGCGGGGUCGACAGGCGGAUCCAAGCCAAAGGUAGCCGUCCCAGAAGUGGUGGAUAUAAUCAUGAAAUACAAGGAUGAAAAUCCGACCAUGUUUGCCUGGGAAAUAAGAGACAGACUGAUAAAAGAGAGGAGAUGUACGAAGUUCAAUGUUCCAAGUAUCAGCUCCAUUAACAGAAUAUUACGUAGCCAUUCAUCCGACCAAUCUCGCAGAUCUUCUUUGGGUUCCAGUUGCUCUCCAUCAUCUUCUGAAAGCUCCAUCAGCCCACCCAUUGUCUCCAAACGCUCUCCUGUUGGUUACAGCAUCAACGAUAUCUUAGGUCACCAGAACGCCUCCAGUAGUUUCGAAUUCUCCUCAACACCCAUAAUGCCUAAAUCAGGAAAAAGGAAGUUCGAUGAAAUUGAUGACGGUGACAUACUGGCAGUUGCAGCGAAGUCGGCCAGACUGAUUGAAGAGGAAGCCGCACCGAAAAGAACAACGGAAACAGAUGUUGCCAACUGUUCUUUGCCGAUUCCUCCACCUCCCUCUACUGACCUCUGCAAGGAUUUAGGAUCUCUCCUUGACAUGCUUCCAUGGGUCCCCUCACAAGUCUCAGCAUUGAAAAGCAAUCCCACAUAUCUGGACGACUCCUUCUCUUCCCUGAUUGGUCCCAGUAAAGUACCAUUUGAAAGAGAUUUCCAGGAAACUCUAGCAACGCCGAAUGAGAAAAUUCGUCAAGAAAACGAGGACAAAAGUCAACCCUUAUGCGUGACAGAAGUAUCGAAACCAAACUCAGUAAGACGCGAGAUGCCCUAUACUUCUCUCCCUACGCCCCAAUUCCACGACAGUUUUUAUUCUCAUCACACGACCACAGGACCAAAACCUGUAUCAUCUCUUGUGUGUUCCACUGCAUCGAUGUCAAAUACCGGCCCAGUCGCCUCGACCUCCUACUACGCUGUUCCUCCAUGCUCCCAGCCUCUCUCUGCAGGGGUAUCAAGCUACAGCUAUCCCAACUACGCAACUCAAACUUAUGUAGCAAACCAGAGAAAUCACUACCCCAACACUACAAUGGUUUCGGGACGCCCUUCUGCUGCAUUUUAUUCUCCAAUUACAAGCUAUGCUGGGUAUUCUACCACACCAUAUCCAUACUUUUAUCAACAGUGAUCGGCAUAGAGACUUGUUGUCCA